AUGGUGACUUUAUUGCAUCGACGUGCGUCGGCGCUGCUGCUUGCGUGGGGUUAUUGUAUUUUGGCUGAGACAACUUUUUCUAACAUCACUCUGGAUAACGAGGUACACUCCAGCUUCAUCCAGCGCCGUCUGAGGAGCCAGGAGCGCCGGGAGAUGCAGCGGGAAAUCCUCUCCAUCCUGGGGCUGCCCCACCGGCCCCGACCGCACAUCUACACCAAACAAAACGCAGCCCCGAUGUUCAUGCUGGAUUUGUACAACGCUAUUUCCACCGACAGACAACAGCCCGCAGGCUUUUCAUAUUAUAAACCCGUCUUCACGACCCAGGGGCCCCGGAUGGUGACCCAGCAAGACAGCAUUUUCCUCAAUGACGCGGAUAUGGUGAUGAGCUUUGUCAAUCUUGGUACGUCCUCCCUAUCACCCUAUCCAGAGACGUAUCCAUUAAUUUCGAUGUAUAUUACUUGAUAAGUUAUUGUUUAGCCUACAUGAUAUAAAACAGCUCAAGCGAUUGCUCACUUUAUUUUUAAAAGCUAAACGUUUUUUAUUUCACCUUUGCGCAAGCGAUGACGCAGUCUUGACAGAAGCGCUCUUAUCUUACAAUACCUUCUUUAAAUCGUUUUUUACUCAACACAUCUCACAUGAACAUGACCUAAACACAAAAAUUAAACAGCUGUUUGUUUAGGUUUACUCUGAUUCAUCUGACACUGCACUGUAAUGCUAAUACACUCCUUAUGCUUACUUUGACUCAUUCAGUGUCUCAAUGUCUCAUACACUUAGAAAAAAGGGUUCUCUGGCCGUCCCCAUAGGAUAACCAUUUUUGGUUCCUGGUAGAACCCUCUGUGGAAAGGGUUUUACAUGGAACCCAAAAGGUUCUACCUGUAACCAAACUACUAUGGGGACAGCCAAAUAACCAAAUGCCUUCUACUCAGUGGAAAACCGUUUUCCAUUUUAACAACACUUCCUACCAUGGUUUCUCUUUGGACCUCUCUGGUCUGUAGGACUUUUAAAAAUAAUAAUAUAUAUUUCACCUUUAUUUAACCAGGUAAGCCAGUUGAGAACAAGUUCUCAUUUACAACUGGCCAAGAUAAAGCAAAGCAGUGCGAUAAAAACAACAACACAGAGUUACAUAUGGGGUAAAACAAAACAUAAAGCCAAAAAUACAACAGAAAAUAUAUAUACAGUGUGUGCAAAUGUAGCAAGUUAUGGAGGUAAGGCAAUAAAUAGGCCAUGGUACAACAUAAUUACAAUCAGUAUUAACACUGGAAUGAUAGAUGUGCAAGAGAUGAUGUGCAAAUAGAGAUAUUGGGGUGCAAAUGAGCAAAAUAAAUAACACAUGGGGAUGAGGUAGUUGGGUGGGAUAAUUACAGAUGGGCUGUGUACAGGUGCAGUGAUCGGUAAGGUGCUCUGACAACUGAUGCUUAAAGUUAGUGAGGGAGAUAAGUCUCCAGCUUCAGAGAUUUUUGCAGUUCGUUCCAGUCAUGGCGGCCAAAGGAGGUGUUGGCUUUGGGGAUGACCAGUGAGAUAUACCUGCUGGAGCACAUACUACGGGUGGGUGUUGCUAUGGUGACCAAUGAGCUAAAAUAAGGCGGGGAUUUGCCUAGCAGUGAUUUAUAGAUGGCCUGGAGCCAGUGGGUUUGGCGACUAAUAUGUAGUGAGGACCAGCCAACAAGAGCGUACAGGUCACAGUGGUGGGUAGUAUAUGGUGCUUUGGUGACAAAACGGAUGGCACUGUGAUAGACUACAUCCAAUUUGCUGAGUAGAGUGUUGGAGGCUAUUUUGUAAAUGACAUCGCCGAAGUCAAGGAUCGGUAGGAAAGUCAGUUUUACGAGGGCAUGUUUGGCAGCAUGAGUGAAGGAGGCUUUGUUGCGAAAUAGGAAGCCGAUUCUGGAUUUAACUUUGGAUUGGAGAUGCUUAGUGUGAGUCUGGAAGGAGAGUUUAUAGUCUAACCAGACACCUAGGUAUUUGUAGUUGUCCACAUACUCUAGGUCAGAACCGUCGAGAGUAGUGAUUCUAGUCGGGUGGGCGGGUGCCAGCAGUGUUCGAUUGAAGAGCAUGCAUUUAGUUUUACUUAUGUUUAAGAGCAGUUGGAGGCUACGGAAGGAGUGUUGUAUGGCAUUGAAGCUCGUUUGGAGGUUUGUUAACACAGUAUCCAAUGAAGGGCCAGAUGUAUACAAAACGUUGUCUGCGUAGAGGUGGAUCUGAGAAUCACCAGUAGCAAGAGCGACAUCAUUGAGAUACACAGAGAAAAGAGUCGGCCCAAGAAUUGAACCCUGUGGCACCCCCAUAGAGACUGCCAUAGGUCCAGACAACAGGCCCUCCGAUUUGACACAUGGAACUCUAUCUGAGAAGUAGUUGGUGAACCAGGCGAGGCAGCCAUUUGAGAAACCAAGGCUAUUUAGUCUGCCAAUAAGAAUGCGGUGGUUGACAGAGUCGAAAGCCUUGGCCAGGUCAAUGAAGACGGCUGCACAGUACUGUCUAUUAUCGAUCGUGGUUAUAAUAUCGUUUAGGACCUUGAGCGUGGCUGAGGUGCACCCAUGACCAGCUCGGAAACCGGAUUGCAUAGCGGAGAAGGUAUGGUGUGAUUCGAAAUGGUCGGUGAUCUGUUUGUUAACUUGGCUUUCAAAAACUUUCGAAGGGCAGGAUGGAUAUAGGUCUGUAACAGUUUGGAUCUAGAGUGUCACCCCCUUUGAAGAGGGGGAUGACCGCGGCAGCUUUCCAAUCUCUGGGGAUCUCAGACGUUACGAAAGAGAGGUUGAACAGGAUAGUAAUAGGGGUUGCGACAAUUCCGGCGGCUAAUUUUAGAAAGAAAGGGUCCAGAUUGUCUAGCCCAGAUGAUUUGUAGGGGUCCAGAUUUUGCAGCUCUUUUAGAACAUCAGCUGUCUGAAUUUGUGUGAAGGAGAAGCGGGGGGGGGGCAUGGGCAAGUUACAGCGGAGGGUGCAGAGCUGGUGGCCGGGGUAGUGGUAGCCAGGUGGAAAGCAUGGCCAGCCGUAGCAAAAUGCUUGUUGAAAUUCUCGAUUAUUGUAGAUUUAUCGGUGGUGAUAGUGUUUCCUAGCCUCAGUGCAGUGGGCAGCUGGGAGGAGGUGCUCUUAUUCUCCAUGGACUACUGACCAGGAGAGCAGAGGUCAGGCAAGGUGAAGGGUGGUUGUGUUUUAUUGCUCAGACAGAGCACUGCUGAGGAUCCAGUGAUGCUCCCGUUAGGAGUCAGUCUCUCUGGCGUAACCUUGCCUUAAAUCACAGGAGUUGACUGUAGAAAGCAGGCUUACUCCCAGUUUACCUGUUGGCAUAAGUAUUAAAGGGUGAAAGCUUUCUUCAAUGCCUUUUUGUUGUUUGAAGGCACUUUGCAGAAAUAGCUGUACUGUUGAACCGAGUGCAUUAGCUAAGUUUUUGUGUGGUGAGUGAGGUUCCAUUUGUGUGCAGCUUCUAAAUGUGGAGGCUUUAAGGUAACGUUCACUUUAGAUAGGACUGUUCAGCAUUCUGAGUUGUAAAUGUUAUGACUACAUGGCUGUAUCUGAUUUCACCUGAAUCCCUUCAAUGCUCUGGGAGACCGGCUUUAGCAAGGCUUUGUUUAGCAUGAUUUGUACAGGCAUUUCAGUACCCUGGGGAGGGCAGGACAAAUUAACAGGGAGAUAAAGACUCAGGUACUGCAUCUAAACUGGCUGUGUGUGUGGGCGUAAACCGGGGGGGGGGGGGGGGGGGGGGGGGGGGGGCUUCCUUGGACAUUAUUAUGUUUAUAAAAACCCAAAUCCUGCUUUUGUUUCCUUUGGAAAUCUCACCACGGGUCUGAUAUCACUAUGGUGAAACAGCAGACAGUGUGGUGCCUGUGGCUCCCAUCCGGAUGGGGCUUUUCAUCCAAAGUCAACCCAUUCCCCUUCGUUGUCCUGCCUCGAGGCUUACAGGAGGGAUACAGGUUGGGCUUCAUGGCUUAUUGUGUGUGUAAGGAUCUCAAUUUAUCAUCAGGAAUAGAUUUGGCACUUUUAACCUUCUAUUCCCAUUCAUGUGUCUGUGUGAGUAUGUAUGUUUUAUUUUUAAUCCCAGCCCCCGUCCCCGCAGGAGGCCUUUUGCCUUUUGGUAGGCCAUCAUUGUAAAUAAGAAUUUGUUCUUAACUGACUUGCCUAGUUAAAUAAAGGUUAAAAGUAUGUGAGGCAGGGUGGAGUGACCGGGAUAGAGAGAAGGGGAAGAAGUAAGUGCAGAGAAAAGAGAAAGAAUGAGGAUACAGGGUCCCCAUUCCUCUCAUGAACCCAUGGCCCCUCUCUUCGUUUGAUUGACAGUCUGUUUCCAGCUGUGGGUUCCACCAUUUUGUAAAGAGCCAGUCCCGGUGGUCCCUGGAGUGAUAGCUUAAAGGCAAACUGGAUUAAGGCAUUUCCCCUCGAUAGACCACAGCUUCCAGUGAGGGAAAGGGAGCUACUCUACCCCCUCUCUCAAUGUGCAGGUAUUUAGGUGGCCAAUGUUGACACAUCUCAGAAAUGAUGGAAUCAGUUCAGUUUUAUUAGUCUUGCUUCCUUCAUUUCCUAAACGAAUUAAUGGUGGGAAAAGCUUUUGGCUUCAUAUGCCCUGUUCUUGUGGGAUGGUAGACAGAGAUUUUUUCUUCUUCCCCUAAGUGAAUUUAAUCCAUUGAAAUGAAACUGCUGUAUGGUAUCCUUUUUUACUCAUUUGUUUUGUGUAUAAAUAUAUACAAUUUCCCCAUAUGCGCACACACACAUACUGCACACACCCACAUAUACUUUUAUUUUUAUUUUCUUUGUUUAUUAUUACUACUUUUUUUAGGGGGUAGAUCAGCUUUAAUAUUGCAGAUAGAUUGUAACUUCCAUCAAUGUAAUUGUCUGCAUCACUUCCAAUCCCCCAUAUAUAUAUAUAUAUAUAUAUAUAUAUAUAUACAGUGGGGGAAAAAGUAUUUAGUCAGCCACCAAUUGUGCAAGUUCUCCCACUUAAAAAGAUGAGAGAGGCCUGUAAUUUUCAUCAUAGGUACAAGUCAACUAUGACAGACAAAUUGAGAUUUUUUUCUCUCCAGAAAAUCACAUUGUAGGAUUUUUAAUGAAUUUAUUUGCAAAUUAUGGUGGAAAAUAAGUAUUUGGUCACCUACAAACAAGCAAGAUUUCUGGCUCUCACAGACCUGUAACUUCUUCUUUAAGAGGCUCCUCUGUCCUCCACUCGUUACCUGUAUUAAUGGCACCUGUUUGAACUUGUUAUCAGUAUAAAAGACACCUGUCCACAACCUCAAACAGUCACACUCCAAACUCCACUAUGGCCAAGACCAAAGAGCUGUCAAAGGACACCAGAAACAAAAUUGUAGACCUGCACCAGGCUGGGAAGACUGAAUCUGCAAUAGGUAAGCAGCUUGGUUUGAAUAAAUCAACUGUGGGAGCAAUUAUUAGGAAAUGGAAGACAUAAUCUCCCUCGAUCUGGGGCUCCACGCAAGAUCUCACCCCGUGGGGUCAAAAUGAUCACAAGAACGGUGAGCAAAAAUCCCAGAACCACACGGGGGGACCUAGUAAAUGACCUGCAGAGAGCUGGGACCAAAGUAACAAAGCCUACCAUCAGUAACACACUACGCCGCCAGGGACUCAAAUCCUGCAGUGCCAGACGUGUCCCCCUGCUUAAGCCAGUACAUGUCCAGGCCCGUCUGAAGUUUGCUAGAGUGCAUUUGGAUGAUCCAGAAGAGGAUUGGGAGAAUGUCAUAUGGUCAGAUGAAACCAAAAUAUAACUUUUUGGUAAAAUCUCAACUCGUUGUGUUUGGAGGACAAAGAAUGCUGAGUUGCAUCCAAAGAACACCAUACCUACUGUGAAGCAUGGGGGUGGAAACAUCAUGCUUUGGGGCUGUUUUUCUGCAAAGGGACCAGGACGACUGAUCUGUGUAAAGGAAAGAAUGAAUGGGGCCAUGUAUCGUGAGAUUUUGAGUGAAAACCUCCUUCCAUCAGCAAGGGCAUUGAAGAUGAAACGUGGCUGGGUCUUUCAGCAUGACAAUGAUCCCAAACACACCGCCCGGGCAACGAAGGAGUGGCUUCGUAAGAAGCAUUUCAAGGUCCUGGAGUGGCCAAGCCAGUCUCCAGAUUUUUCAACCCCAUAGAAAAUCUUUGGAGGGAGUUGAAAGUCCGUGUUGCCCAGCGACAGCCCCAAAACAUCACUACUCUAGAGGAGAUCUGCAUGGAGGAAUGGGCCAAAAUACCAGCAACAGUGUGUGAAAACCUUGUGAAGACUUACAGAAAACGUUUGACCUGUGUCAUUGCCAACAAAGGGUAUAUAACAAAGUAUUGAGAAACUUUUGUUAUUGACCAAAUACUUAUUUUCCACCAUAAUUUGCAAAUACAUUCAUAAAAAAUCCUACACUGUGAUUUUCUGGAUUUUUUUCUCUCAUUUUGUCUGUCAUAGUUGACGUGUACCUAUGAUGAAAAUUACAGGCCUCUCUCAUCUUUUUAAGUGGGAGAACUUGCACAAUUGGUGGCUGACUAAAUACUUUCCCCCCCACUGAAUAUAUAUAUACAGUGGAGAGAACAAGUAUUUGAUACACUGCCGAUAUUGCAGGUUUUCCUACUUACAAAGCAUGUAGAGGUCUGUAAUUUUUAUCAUAGGUACACUUCAACUGUGAGAGACGGAAUCUAAAACCAAAAAUCCAGAAAAUCACAUUGUAUGAUUUUUAAGUAAUUCAUUUGCAUUUUAUUGCAUGACAUAAGUAUUUGAUCACCUACCAACCAGUAAGAACUCCGGCUCUCACAGACCUGUUAGUUUUUCUUUAAGAAGCCCUCCUGUUCUCCACUCAUUACCUGUAUUAACUGCACCUGUUUGAACUCGUUACCUGUAUAAAAGACACCUGUCCACACACUCAAUCAAACAGACUCCAACCUCUCCACAAUGGCAAAGACCAGAGAGCUGUGUAAGGACAUCAGGGAUACAAUUGUAGACCUGCACAAGGCAGGGAUGGGCUACAGGACAAUAGGCAAGCAGCUUGGUGAGAAGGCAACAACUGUUGGCGCAAUUAUUAGAAAAUGGAAGAAGUUCAAGAUGACGGUCAAUCACCCUCGGUCUGGGGCUCCAUGCAAGAUCUCACCUCGUGGGGCAUCAAUGAUCAUGAGGAAGGUGAGGGAUCAGUCCAGAACUACACGGCAGGACCUGGUCAAUGACCUGAAGAGAGCUGGGACCACAGUCUCAAAGAAAACCAUUAGUAACACACUAUGCCGUCAUGGAUUAAAAUCCUGCAGCGCACGCAAGGUCCCCCUGCUCAAGCCAGCGCAUGUCCAGGCCCGUCUGAAGUUUGCCAAUGACCAUCUGGAUGAUCCAGAGGAGGAAUGGGAGAAGGUCAUGUGGUCUGAUGAGACAAAAAUAGAGCUUUUUGGUCUAAACUACACUCGAAGUGUUUGGAGGAAGAAGAAGGAUGAGUACAACCCCAAGAACACCAUCCCAACCGUGUAGCAUGGAGGUGGAAACAUCAUUCUUUGGGGAUGCUUUUCUGCAAAGGGGACAGGACGACUGCACCAUAUUGAGAGGAGGAUGGAUGGGGCCAUGUAUCGCGAGAUCUUGGCCAACAACCUCCUUCCCUCAGUAAGAGCAUUGAAGAUGGGUCGUGGCUGGGUCUUCCAGCAUGACAACGACCCGAAACACACAGCCAGGGCAACUAAGGAGUGGCUCCGUAAGAAGCAUCUCAAGGUCCUGGAGUGGCCUAGCCAGUCUCCAGACCUGAACCCAAUAGAACAUCUUUGGAGGGAGCUGAAAGUCCGUAUUGCCCAGCGACAGCCCCGAAACCUGAAGGAUCUGGAGGUCUGUAUGGAGGAGUGGGCCAAAAUCCCUGCUGCAGUGUGUGCAAACCUGGUCAAGACCUACAGGAAACGUAUGAUCUCUGUAAUUGCAAACAAAGGUUUCUGUACCAAAUAUUAAGUUCUGCUUUUCUGAUGUAUCAAAUACUUAUGUCAUGCAAUAAAAUGCAAAUUAAUUACUUAAAAAUCAUACAAUGUGAUUUUCUGGAUUUUUGUUUUAGAUUCCGUCUCUCACAGUUGAAGUGUACCUAUGAUAAAAAUUACAGACCUCUACAUGCUUUGUAAGUAGGAAAACCUGCAAAAUCGGCAGCGUAUCAAAUACUUGUUCUCCCCACUGUAUAUAUAUGUACAUUUACAUCAUUUAGCAGACGCUCUUAUCCAGAGCGACUUACAAAUUGGUGCAUUCAACUUAUGAUAGCCAGUGGGACAACCACCUUUUUUUUGUCAUUUUUUUUUAUGGGGGUGGAGGAAGAAGGAUUACUUUAUACUAUUCCAGGUAUUCCUUAAAGAGGUAGGGUUUCAAGUGUCUCCGGAAGGUGGUUAGUGACUCCGCUGUCCUGGUGUCGUGGGUGAGCUUGUUCCACCAUUGGGGUGCCAGAGCAGCGAAUAGCUUUGACUGGGCUGAGCGGGAACUGUGCUUUGUAGAGGUAGGGGAGCUAGCAGGCCAGAGGUGGAUGAACGUAGUGCCCUCGUUUGGGUGUAGGGUCUGAUCAGAGCCUGAAGGUAAGGAGGUGCCGUUCCCCUCACAGCUCCGUAGGCAAGCACCAUGGUCUUGUAGUAGAUGCAAGCCUCAACUGGAAGCCAGUGGAGUGUGCGGAGGAGCGGGGUGACAUGAGAGAACUUGGGAAGGUUGAACACCAGACAGGCUACAGCGUUCUGGAUAAGUUGUAGGGGUUUAAUGGCAUAGGCAGGGAGCCCAGCCAACAGCGAGUUGCAGUAAUCCAGAUAGAGAUGACAAGUGCCUGGAUUAGGACCUGUGCCGCUUUCUGUGUAAGGUAGGGUCGUACUCUGCAAAUGUUGUAGAGCAUGAACCUGCAGGAUCGGGUCACCGCUUUGAUGUUAGCGGAGAACGACAGGGUGUUGUCCAGGGUCACGCCAAGGUUCUUUGCACUCUGGGAGGAGGACACAAUGGAGUUGUCAAUCGUGAUGGCGAGAUCAUGGAGCGGGCAGUCCUUCCCCGGGAGGAAGAGCAGCUCUGUCUUGCCGAGGUUCAGCUUGAGGUGGUGAGCCGACAUCCACACUGAUAUGUCUGCCAGACAUGCAGAGAUGCGAUUCACCACCUGGUUAUCAGAAGGGGGAAAGGAGAAAAUUAAUUGUGUGUCGUCUGCGUAGCAAUGAUAGGAGAGACAUACAUACAUAUAAAUACAUACAUAUAUAUAUAUAUAUAUACAUAUCCUAGACUCAGGACUGUUAGAAUCCUCAACCACCAUCCAGUCUGUCCACUAUCAAUAUGUACAGUAUUCAUUUCAUGUCCAUGACUAUGCAGCACAUCUGACUAUACAGCUGCAGUUUGACCUCACACAUCUGUAGCUUGCCUGCACAUCUGUGUCGUUAUAAUAGAGUUAUAGCCAUACUGAGUGCAGAGCUCAGGUCUGACUUUACACUGCUGUAGCAUUCUGACUAUAGCCUGACUGCAUGGUUCCUGGUUGGACGUAGUUGACCUGCAUUCCUGCACUGCUAGUGCUUCUUGUUGGGACUCUGCCAUAGGCAGACACAGAUGUCUCUGGGAUGUUCUUGCUUCCAUGAGAACACACCUGCAGCAUUUGGGAAUAGGAGACAGGCUUAUCGGUCAUCUGUCACGUUGCUCCAUGUGAAAUGAAGAAGAUGGUGCUGUAUGGUCAAAGUUUGCCUUGUAACAGUUUUGUGAACCCAACAGGCUAAAUUGAAAGCUGACUGUCACAGUAAUCUGAUUUGGGGGGAAAUAAGCGGCUCAUACUAAAAAUUGUUUUCUUUUAAAGAUUGUUUUCUUUUUUCCAAAGAGGCGGUUUCAACUGAAAUGCCAAGGUGUAAGGUUUGUUUAACAAAGCCUGUUUUAGUGAAUAAAACAAUCUGAUCCCAGAAAUAGGGUCUUGGAACAUAAGUCACUGAAUGUUGUCAUACUUCAAUAUAGACAUUUGUAAUGGAGCCUAAGACAGGGUAGUUGGAGAGGUUAAUGUAGAAUGUGCCUUUAGGCAGCUAAUAAAAAAUAACAUGUUUUAAUGUCACAUACACCACCGGAUAGGUGCAGUGAAAUGGGUUGUUUUAGACAUCUGAUUUAAGCAAGUGUUUUUCAUUAGGCAUUUUCAUUGUGUUCCAGCUUACUUUAUUUUAUACCAAGUAGAUAUUCUAGGUUUUAGUUUUGCCUCUGAUGUAGGAUAUUCAUAAACUUCACCCAUAUCUUUUGAUUGGCAGCUGAAAAUUAUAAAUUAUAAAUAAACAAACAUAGGCUAUCGAUUGUGCCACGCCAGCGCCGUACGUUGAACCCUGUGUCAUGAGCUAAGAAAAGUGUUGAAAUGCCUCACAGAGAGAAGUUUGCAUAUCUGAGGGCUGAUCUCUGGAGCUAAUGGUCCCUAAUGUAAACACACCAAGACCUUACGAGCAAUUAUUGCCUUCAUAAAAACGCCCUGGUUUCUUUCCAACGUUUAACAAAUGACUAGCAGGGUUCAGAAUGCUCUUCUUUACAGUGUGUGUGUGGUUAAAAGUAGUUUUCUGGGCUUUAAGGCGUUGGGUGCAUGUGUGCUGCAUUACGUUUUGUGUGUGUGUAUGUGUUAUUCGGUCCUGAAACAAUACCAAGGCACCAGUGAGACAGACGUAUGAUGUCAUGGGGGCUGCUAGUGGGCAGGAUGUGUUUAAGAUGGGUAAUCAUCGCUCCACUCUGCACACCUCCAGUGUGGGAAGUCCCCCGUUGCUCCGGAGACUUCCACCAAGCUUUCCAAGGACAAACACAUUGGGUAACGCUGUAAAAACACAGCGCUGGAAACCUCCAGGAAAUCUUUGGCUCUGCCCCACCACCAUUAUUGUGGAAACUCUGAGAGUGGCUCAGCUGUUUCAGGGCAGGGUGGGACACCGUGGAUCUCAGUGGUGGCCCUGCAAAAGGCUCAUUUUAACUGUUUGGACUCCAUUUUUACAUCAGGCCUAGCCUACUCUCAGAAAACCCAUUCACAUAAAUGCUCUAUUAUCAUUCCCCCCCCCCCCAGAGUCUAGUACUUAAUGUAUAGUGGUUAAAUGUAUUCUCCUAUAGUGAAGUGGAUUAUGGAUAACAUAUUGAGGAUUAUGACAUUUAUGAUCAUAGUGUUUCUGCAUAGUGUUGGCUGCUGUGGUUUUCCGGGCUGUGCUUUAACGGGGCUUUUCUUGUGGUCAGCACAUGUGUGUAAUUUAAACAUGGAGCCAAAUUGAGCCUUGAGUGUGGUUUCUCUUAACCCCCCCUCAUGGAAGCAGGAGUUUCCUAUUUUUGACACAGUGCUUCUGAGAUGUGGGCGAAGCAAUGUGAAUCAGAAGACUUUGAUUCAGCAACAGUUUUGGCAGAAUUAAGCCACCACCUGGCUGCUGAUCUGAGUGUAUUCACAGCAGAGUGUAUUGGUACACAUACAUCCCCACUGUUUCAAAAGACCAGGGGAUAUGGGGAGAAAAGGGAUGUGCCUUUAACUCUCCAGGGUCAGUGUUAGUUGUGCAGCUCAUAAUGGGUGAGGUUAGCUGUUGGAAAAAGCUGAUCCGGGAUCAGUUGGUAUGGGUAGUGAGUAACCCCUUUUCUCCCCCAUCCUCUCUCUAGUUGAGCUGGAUCAGGACGUCCUGUCUUCUCGGCACAACAGGGAAUUCCGCUUUGACUUGUCCCGGAUCCCAGAGGGAGAAGCUGUCUCCACUGCAGAGUUCAGAAUCUACAAGGACUACAUCAGAGAACACUAUGAGAACGAGACCUUCCAUGUGAGUGUGUACCAGGUGCUACAGGAGCUCCCUGACAGGUGACGCCUCUUCCAUUCAUCUUUGUGUGUGUGGCCUUAUAAAACUGUAAACUACUCCCUAAAACUGCAGAGACCCACCUUGACCAUAUAGAACACCCUGUCAAACACCACCCUCACUCCCCACACCUCCAUCAUUCACUUAAUCUCCCUUCUCUAAUACCUAGCAACCCCCCCCCCCCCCCCCUCCCCCUCCCUCCACCCAACCUCUCUCUUCUUGGCCACACUACACGUUUUGAUUGUAGUGAACAAUAGUUUGAUUUGUCCACCUAGGAAAAACACCUCCUCCCUCCAACACACAUACACACACACACAGCUUGUCCUGCUAGGUGACAUCAGAGCCCAGUCAUGUGUAGGCAUGGCCUGUCCCACAGCGGUGACAGUGAGGCUAUGUCGGUGCUAAGAACAACACCAUUGUCAUUCAGAGACACACAUGCCUUCCAUACAGACAACAAGGAGGCAAGACAAAGAGACAGUCUGAGUUGUGGGCCUGGGGGCCUGAAACUCAAUCUGUAAAUAAAUCCAUUGUCUGUGAGGUCUGCCCCAGAGCUGUGAUAUCUGCUUCAAUCAGUCUGGGAAUUUUCAUCUGUGAUAAAGAUAGCUCUUUUAAUAAUGGCUAUCGGUGGGGUUAGAUCGACACUGCAUGUCAUCUCUUGUUUUGGAUUUACUGUAUCCUGGGUUCUCUCUGGGUGGCUAAUCUCUACUGUCUCUGCUAUUUAUUGGAAUACGUAUCGGCUAUCUAGAUCAACUUUUAUAUACAGUUGAAGUCGGAAGUUUACAUACACCUUAGCCAAAUACAUUUAAAAUCAGUUUUUCACAAUUCCUGACAUUUAAUACUAGCAAACAUUCCUUGUCUUAGGUCAGUUAGGAUCACCACUUUAUUUUAAGAAUGUGAAAUGUCAGAAUAACAGUAGAGAGAAUGAUUUAUUUCAGCUUUUAUUUCUUUCAUCACAUUCCCAGUGGGUCAGAAGUUUACAUACACUCAAUUAGUAUUUGGUAGCAUUGCCUUUAAAUUGUUUAACUUGGGUCAAACGUUUCGGGUAGGCUUCCACAAGCUUCCCACAAUAAGUUGGGUGAAUUUUGGCCCAUUCCUCCAGACAGAGCUGGUGUAACUGAGUCAGGUUUGAAGGCCUCCUUGCUCGCACACGCUUUUUCAGUUCUGCCCACAAAUGUUCUAUAAGAUUGAGGUCAGGACUUUGUGAUGGCCACUCCAAUACCUUGACAUUGUUUUCCUUAAGCCAUUUUGCCACAACGUUGGAAGUAUGCUUGGGGUCAUUGUCCAUUUGGAAGACCCAUUUGCGACCAAGCUUUAACUUCCUGACUGAUGUCUUGAGAUGUUGCUUCAAUAUAUCCACAUAAUUUUCCUUCCUCAUGAUGCCAUCUAUUUUGUGAAGUGCACCAGUCCCUCCUGCAGCAAAGCACCCCCACAGCAUGAUGCUGCCACCUCCGUGCUUCACGGUUGGGAUGGUGUUCUUCGGCUUGCAAGCCUUCUCCUUUUUCCUCCAAACAUAACGAUGGUCAUUAUGGCCAAACAGUUCUAUUUUCACUGGAAUUGUGAUACAGUGAAUUAUAAGUUAAAUAAUCUCUCUGUAAACAAUUGUUGGAAAAAUUACUUGAGUCAUGCACAAAGUAGAUGUCCUAACCGACUUGCCAAAACUAUAGUUUGUUAACAAGAAAUGUGUGGAGUGGUUGAAAAACGAGUUUUAAUGACGGCACUACAUAGCAGCAUCACAAACUGCCACUGAGGAGACUGGUUUGAAAUUCAAUGUGAAGUGUCAACGCUAUACGUUUAUCCAGAUUUGAGGCAACUGAUGUUAGAAUUUAGAAUAACACACUUCCUAGGUCUGUAACUCUUUGUUGUGUAUCUGAGACUGUAUGUGCUGUGUAUCUAAUGUUAGUAGUCAAUCUGCCCCUCAGUGAGGAGGAUCUGCUCCUGCUGGACACGCGGGUGGUGUGGGCUAUAGAGGAAGGCUGGCUGGUGUUUGACAUUACAGGCACCAGUAACCAGUGGGUGGUGAACCUGGACCAGAACCUGGGCCUGCUGCUGGCUCUGGAGAGCAUGGACGGUGAGUCACUAUCAUAGAGUUAUAAGAGUACUGUAUGGCCGCUGGUCCAACAGAGAUAGAUCUCUAGGGCUGGUACACCAACCACAUAACAUUGAAUUGAAAAAUACCAAUAUGUACCCUGGACUGACAUGUGCAUGUCUUUCUGUCUCCCUCUACAGGCCAGAGUGUGAACCCCAGGCUAGUGGGGCUGGUGGGGGGCAGUGGGCCACAGGACAAGCAGCCCUUCAUGGUGGCCUUCUUUAAGGCAACCGAGGUUCGCCUCCGCAGCAUCCGCUCUGCCCACGGCCACAAGGGGCGCAACCCCAACCGCUCUAAAAACCCCAAGAAUGCCCAGGACGCACUGAAGGUUGCUGAGGCUGCAGCAGGUACACAAAUUACCCACUUGGAGGAGAAUAAGUCAGUCAACAUUUUAUAAACUUGCAAACUUCAUAUUCAGUCUAUGAAUAAUAUUUAACAAGGAACACCUCUAUUAUACAGUGUUUAAGUGACAGUGAUCACAGUUGAUUGUGUUGAUUAAUCUGUAUGUUGUUAAUUUACCCCUUUGUCUUCAGAGAACCUCAGCACAGACCCGAAACAGGGCUGUAAGAAGCAUGAGCUGUAUGUCAGCUUCAGAGAUCUGGGAUGGCAGGUACAGUAAUAUGAUGACUCCUAUCACACAGGUCCUGAUAGCUCUGUUCUGUACUGUAAUGAUCAGAGCACAUCCUCCUCUUUCUCUAUUCACCCACUUAGAUAUGAGUUUGACUUCAAUAGAUUCAAUAUGACAUUAUCUCCAUCUCACAUUUGUUGGAUAUUGUUAUGAGUCAUUUCUUUUUUCAAUUGUCCCCUCAGGACUGGAUCAUUGCACCCGAGGGCUAUGCAGCGUACUACUGCCAGGGCGAAUGCGCCUUUCCCCUCAACUCCUACAUGAACGCCACCAAUCAUGCCAUUGUGCAGACUCUGGUAAGAAUAUUUAUAGUUUUCAUAUUAUCAUAUACAUUUCUGAGGGGGUUGAAUAUGGCAUUUUCUCAGGGUUUCACUGUAGGGUCUCUAACUUUAAAUUGUACAUUACUUUCAGAAAAAAAAAAAAAAAUCAAAACACUCUUUGAUGUCCUGCAUCCUGUAAAGAAAACGGCUAAAAUAUCAACGCACGUUUCCCCCCACUCUUGAAUCUUUCUGAUUGUGCAUGAUUUCCCUAAUAACGGUGCUCUAUUCUAUCCCCCCCAGGUCCACUUCAUAAACCCAGAGACAGUGCCCAAACCCUGCUGUGCCCCCACCCAGCUCCACGGCAUCUCAGUCCUCUACUUUGACGACAGCUCCAAUGUCAUUCUGAAGAAGUACCGGAACAUGGUGGUCAGAGCCUGCGGCUGUCACUGA